AUGUAUGCACUAAAUCAAUUCUGGAACAGAAUAGUUGCUGAUCUUGCCAUUAUUGGAGUUAAAGAAAUUACAGAUAGCGAUAGUGACGAAAAUUCAGCAAUCCAUAAAGCCGCUCAAGUUUUAUUCUCGACCUAUAUAAUGAACGCUGUCGCAGCCAACAGAUUAGAAUAA